UCCACCCGUAGUUUCGAAAGUCGGAAGUCGGAACUUCGAACUUCGAAGGUUUCCCCGCCAUACUCAGUGACAGUAAGUUAGACGUAGGGUUUGAAGGUUUCUCUCCAAUCUUUCACCUCCGCCGUUCUUAGCGAAGGUAGCUGCUCAAAGCCGAAGGUUAUUCUCUGCAAACGUUUGGUGUUUCUCUAUUAGAAGGUUUCAUCCCAGACGUUGCUCCGUCGUGUCAGACAUCGCUUCGCCUCUCCGUCGCUUCAGAUGUCGUUUGAUGUUGCUCUGUUCAUUCUCCCUUUUGGAUCAACAGAAGAGGAAACCUGUGUUACUAGUUAGGGUUUUCUUAUUGACAGGUGCUCCACUAAUUAUUUCUGGGUGGCUUGGUGUAUUUGCUGCUUGGUCUCUUCUCUGUUUCAUGCUAAAACAUUGAGCAAGUGAGGAAGCCAAUUUGAAAAAAGGACUUGAAUACUUUUGUAAACAACCCCCUCCUGCUUUCUCUCUCUAACACAUUUUUGAUAAUGGAAUUCGUAAGCCCUGAAGGUCUUCGCUUAGAUGGCCGUCGUCCUAUGGAAAUGAGGCAGAUCCGUGCACAGAUUGGUGUUGUGGCUAAGGCAGAUGGUUCUGCUUCAUUUGAGAUGGGGAAUACUAAAGUUAUAGCUGCAGUAUAUGGCCCUAGAGAGGUUCAAAACAGGAGCCAACAAAUUAGUGAUCAAGCACUUGUUCGCUGUGAAUAUAGCAUGGCUAACUUCAGCACUGGAGAUCGCAUGAGGAAACCAAAGGGUGACAGGCGAUCAAUGGAGAUAUCCCUUGUCAUUUGCCAAACCAUGGAAGCAUGCAUAUUGACACACCUAAUGCCUCGUUCUCAGAUAGACAUAUUUGUCCAAGUUCUACAAGCUGAUGGAGGAACAAGAUCUGCAUGCAUCAAUGCUGCAACUCUGGCUCUUGCAGAUGCUGGGAUUCCAAUGUGUGACCUCAUCACUUCCUGUAGUGCUGGAUAUCUCAACAGUACUCCUUUGCUGGAUCUGAACUAUGUAGAAGAUAGUGCUGGGGGCCCUGAUGUCACUGUAGGAAUUCUAUCAAAGUCAGAUAAAGUGACACUCCUUCAGAUGGAUGCUAAACUACCCAUGGACAUCUUUGAAAAUGUCAUGCAACUUGCAAUAGAAGGGUGCAAAGCAGUUGCAAACUACAUUCGAGAGAUACUGCUGGAGAAUACCAAGCAACUGGAAUACCGCCGGGGCAGAUAAUCUUUCAUCAUCUAAGGAGCUUGAGUCCGUCCUGCAAAUGUAAUGAUUUGAUAUUACUUUCAUAAUUAAAAUUGAUUUAAUUAUUGCAACAAUGUACUUGUAAUGCCAGAUCGAUGGAUCUCUAGUCCAAAUGUGGCACAAAUUGCCAGUUAGGUUUUUCUUAUUUGUAUGCCAUAGACCAGCAUAGACUCAAUCUAUGAAAUGGUGUUCUAUUCCUUGUUCAGUAAAAUAUGGUGGAUGGGACCCAGAAAUUUAUUUGGCUUGACAUUUUUGAA